CUUCUUGAGGCAUCAAAAUGUCAGGAACACCUCUUAUAGUGCUAAGUACGUAGCAUUUUCUGUUAGUGUGCUUUGCAAUGUGCUGAAAACUAAGCGCUUACUUAUUUUGUAGAUCAAAACACAAGACGAGAAUCUGGUCGAAAAGUACAACUUGGAAAUGUCGAGGCAGCAAAGGUAUAACGUACCCUUAGUAUUUUAUUGUGAUAUUUAAAAAAACUUGCACGAGAGAACAAAACUGCUUUUAUGGCACUUGAUUUUGUGACAGCGACGCCGUAAAGUACAGUUUAUAAAUCUGCUGGCUGUUUGUCUUCACAGACUGGUGUGAUGUUUAAACCACGCAAAGUAAGCUCUGCUCUUGAUAAUUCAGUGACAGCUUCUUAUUUUAUUUUAGACUAUUGCAGACAUUAUUAGAACAUGUUUAGGACCUAAAGCCAUGCUGAAGGUUAGUACAGCUGUAAGAUAAGAUAUGAGAGACACUCCAUGAGAGUCGUUUGAAUUUUGAUUUUAAAAGAGAAUGGCAAAAUCGGUCCCAAUUUUUUUACCUUUUGAAAUGAUUAAUAAAUCACAGUGUUCUUUAUCAGUUAUUUUACUUGGGUAGCCUCAGGGCCCCUUUUAUAAGGGUCAGUCAGGACAAAAGUAUAAAGGGAGUCAUUAAACUGUGUUUGCGGAAUUCUCAAAGCUUGUUGUAAAAUCAACAUGUACAACAUAGGUACUGAUUGUAGUUGUAUUCUUGGUGGGGUGGUCAGGGGCACUUUAACUGAUAUACAUGGUAUGUGACCACAAAGGCCCUGGUGUUGAGUUUAUCUGAUGUCCCAGCUGUAAUCUUCUGAAGGACACGCAACAAGCUUUGCUUGUUUCGAAAACAUGGAGUCAGCGUAAUUCAGGUAUAAAUGUAUUGUGUCAAAUGCAAGCCUCUUUUAUUUGCUGUGCCUGCUGGAAAUCUAUUUAACAAACAAAAUGAAAGUAGAACUCAGUGUUGGUAAGGCACAAGUGAAUGCACAGUCUAUAACUCCAUUUAAGUCAAGUUAAUUCAGGUUGCAUUACAGUUUCUUAUAUUUUAUGUUUUCAAGCAUGUGGCGUUGCUUGGUGUCUGAGAGCUUCAAUAAAUUUAUGAUUCCCUGUUGCAACUCAGUGACUUUUGGUCACCGAGCACCAAUUGAAUAACCGAUUGAUGAAUAGGUUCAUGUGACUGUACAUUUCAUGUUGAACAUUGUUACACAUUAUCUUUACCCACAAAUACAGCUGUCUCUCCUUAGUUGAUCCUCACCAUUCGCAAGGCUACUUGCAUUAAAGUAAUUGUGAAUAAAAUUGUUGAAUUCAAUAACAGUCUUGUUUACUGUGUUGUUCAAUUCAAUUUCCUCAUUCAUGAUCCGCCAUGAUUCCCCCUGUUGAUACUGGACAUACUAUAGAGGGCUUUCUUAUUCACGUACAUGUAUUAUGAAAGUGGCUCUCAACAUCAAUCACACCUGUAAGGUAAAAGCGCGUGUUCACCUGCACUUCCUAACCCUUGGUUACUGCUAGUUUAUUGUUUGCCCCACUGUAGUCAUUUAUCAGUGGUAAUGACAUUCUGACGUUGUCAAUUUGCUGUUCUACAUUGAUUAGAACUUUACAAUCACUGGCAACAAUAUUAGCACCAAAGUCCAGCACAGCAAACUGACAACAUUGCCUGAUGAAGAACAGUAGCACAUGGUCAGAAUGUGGCAGUCAAUACAGAGUGACUAUUGUGAGAAACUGAUAAUAAUGAUACUAUUUUAGCCCUAACAUACACAACUUAUGCACAUACAGCGACAUAUUGUCUUUCAUUACAUGCAUAUCAACAUGCAACAUGUAGCAGUUCAAGAUUAUUAACAAUGAUGGCAUGGUUGGCAUUAUAAAGAAAAAGAGUUUCUUUUUGUUUUGUUCAAACCAGAUGUUAAUGGAUCCAAUGGGAGGAAUUGUUAUGACAAAUGAUGGAAAUGCAAUUUUGCGUGAGGUUAGGAAUUCCUUGAUUUUCUGUGCAAUUUAAUCAUCAAAUUUGUAUUUAUUAGUUGUGAAAACUGGCUCCUUGAUACUGUGCAUUGGCCUUUGUUUCCCAAGUGACCUUCAAUUAGCAGUUGAGGUCACGUACAUUAAAUUUUACAGUAAACCCCUUUUAUACAUCACUGAGGGCUUUCAGCAUUUAGGAGGAGGGAUGCUUAUUGUCUUGGUUCAUAAUAUUCUUAAAACCAUGGGAUUUCAGUCAUUUUCUGAUAGCAGAUUUGGUUAAUGUGUUCAAUGCUUUUGUUUAGAUUCAAGUGCAACACCCAGCUGCUAAAUCAAUGAUUGAAAUUAGUAGAACCCAGGAUGAGGAAGUUGGUGAUGGAACUACAUCAGUUAUUAUUCUUGGUAAAUUAUGUUUGGAUAUUAACAGUUGUAGGGCAUGUGUAUGUACAUGUGUAAAUUUGUGAAGAAGGAACUUGUAGGAGAAACCAUAACAAAGAGAGAAUUGGAAAAAUAUUGGUCUAUUUUUCUAUGAACCCGACACCAUUUUCAUUCUGGUCAUGUUAGUGUGCCACAAGUACAGACACAGUUCAGUCACAUGAUCUAGGCUUUCAGUUAAAGACAGACCCUGGCUGCUGUGGUAGCUUGUAAACCACAAAUCCAUCAUGCCGUUAUGGGGGCUGUUUUCUGCAAUCAAUGUUUUCUCUUACUAAAUUUGGUACUAAUCUGAAUGGGGUACAAUGAAGAAGAGUAAUUUUAUUAUUUGCUAUAUUUUGCCCGAUGCUCUUAAUUCAGCUGUGAGAACCUUGCUGUUAAGUUCAUAGUUCAAUGUAAAUAGCACAUUUCUGUUUUCAUCACUUCUUAUAUACCAUUAUUUUUUUAAUUGUUGUGGUAAAAUUAUUUCAGCUGGUGAAAUGAUGUCUGUUGCACAGCCAUUCCUUGAAGAUCAAAUGCACCCAACAGUUAUAAUAGGUGCUUAUAGGCAAGCCAUGGAUGAUAUGCUGGAAAUACUAAGAGAUCAAAUUAGUGUUCCAGUUGAUGUGGAUAACAGGGAGGAAAUGUUGAAGAUCGUACGCAGCUCUGUUGGUACAAAGUUUGUCCAUAAAUGGUAAGUGUUUAAAUGUAUGUCAUGAUCAUGUGUUGAUGGGCUGUACUCAAACUAGUACCCAGUAAAAAAAUUAUUAUUGUUUUUUGUCUCCCAACAUAAGCUUUGGGAGGGAAAGAAAAGUUGACCUUGUGACCAGACUAUAAGUCAUCUUUUUUACUGAGGAAAUGUACAUACACGAACAACAACCAUGUGACUUCUGUGAUUAAAAGAAAAGUAUCCAAUUUUCCUUGUAUAAAUAGGUUUGUACAUUAAAAAUGUAUAGGUGUAGAUGUAUGUUUUUCAAAAAAAAAAUUUGAUCAUGUGUUCUUACAUACAUGUAUGUGUAUUGUUACUUAUAAUAAUAUUUGGUCACUAUAAAAGCCUCUUUUCUCUAGGAAUUUCAAAGGUAAAGGAUUUUGUGAGAGAACAAUAAAACGUCCUUUCCCACACAGAUUUUAUUGAAAAAUAUAAUUGUCAACUCCAACCUUUAAAAUAUUUUGGACUUGUAUCUUCCCUUAAACAAGUCUAUAAUAGUAGCAUCACACAAAACCCUACUCUUUCAAUCCCACAAGAUUCACUUCUUACCUUAUUCCUUAAGAACGCAAAAGGAACUAAGGUCGUCUACAAAAAACUUGUCUGUGAAAAAAGGUCUGCCCCGGUGAGAAGUCAAGCAAAAUGGAACACUACGGUCCCCUAAGAGGGAUGUGUUGCUGAUUGGAACACAGCAUAUACCUUGGCAUUCAAGUGUACUUAAAGCACGACGCUUAUUAAUUUUCAGUAUUGAUUUCUGCAUAGAAUACUUCCCACAAACUCAUUUCUGAAAAAGAUUGGUAUCAAGCAAGACCCAAACUGCUCCUGAUGCUGUACCACUGACGAAAAUCUCGCUCAUCUUUUCUGGCACUGUCCAAACAUUCAAACUUUUUGGGGAACUUUGACUGAAAAGCUUGCUGAUUUCCACUUUAUACCUGGAGACUACUCGAUGGAAAUUGCAGUUUUUUUAGGCUUAAAGUCGGAUACCUCCAAAUUUUCUCUUCAGAUAAACUUCUUCUUUCUUUUAGCCAGACACUACAUCUGGGGUUGUGGAACCUGCAACAGGUCCCCUCAGCUCAAAAUGUUUUUGUAUAUUUGUCUCAGCUUACUGCAAUAUUUUUAUUUAUAACUUAUUUUUUACUUUUGACUUAGGGGAGACCUUGCCUGUAACAUGGCAUUAGAUGCAGUGCAAACUGUUGUUAGAGAGCAAGGUGACAGGAAAGAGAUAGACAUAAAAAAUUAUGCAAAAGUUGAAAAGGUAAAUGGUAACUUUGACUCAUUGAUUCCUUGAAUGUUUAUGACAUUGCAGUUAAUUUUUUAUUUCACUUAAUCUUUGUUUUAAAUUCAUUAGCAUACAUUACCAUACCCAAAAACAAUGGAAAAAUAAAAAUUAACUACAACAUACACAAUCAGCAUGAAAUUUACUGAUAUAUGUAACUACUGAUCCCAACUUGCGGGUAACAAAUUUAAGGUUCCUGGGGAUGACCUGGAAGAUUCUUUUGUUUUGUCUGGAGUAAUGGUCAACAAAGAUGUCACGCAUCCAAGAAUGAGAAGGUAAUAAUCAUAAUAAUAAAAAUAAUAAUAAACUUUAUUUAAGUGUCAGGUACUUUAGCUAUGAAGCUAAUUGGGGACACUAUGAGAUGCUACAGGGUGUUGCAAAAGUUCGUUCCGAUUUUCUUUUUUUUUGCUUAAACUUCAACGGUUACGAAAACUAGGUGUGUUAUUCCUUAUUCAUUUUAUAUUGAAUAAAACAAAUAUUAGUAACCAGGAUGGCCUCCUUUAUUUUUUUAACAUUUUCUAAGUGGUGGGGUAUAGAAUGUGUGAGCUUUGUAAACAUGUAUAGCCCUAGGUAACAUUUUUCCAGGCAAAGUUGAGUCACCUUCUCAGCUUGUCCAGUGUUUUCCGGGCUAGAUCUUUGUAUGCUGUCUCAUCAGCGACACUCCAGAUGUUCAGAUCAGGUGAGUUUGCUGUUGCAGUGGUUCUUUUGGUAUAACGUUUGGCAAAUUCUUCAUUUCUGACACCAUCUAAUUUUGAUAUUGUGAAGUUUGAGCCGUUUAAAUAUAAUUAUACUACUAAACUUUGUUGGUCUGAAUAAUUAUCUCCUUAAUGACCAGAUGACUGUAAAAAGGUGCCUGAGCUCUAGCACAAACAGUUUUUGGGUUGAAAAUGGCAAAAAUACAAAAUGCUCAGGAAAAAUAUGGCGGGAAAAAAAUUAAUUUUGAUAUUGUGAAGUUUGUUUUUUAGCUAUCCCUCAUGUUUAAAUAUAAUUAUACUACUAAAUAGGUUUUCUGAUUGACUUUCUCGAAAGUUCCUCAAAACAAACGGUUCUCCACUCCUUGGUUUGUCUUCUUAAGACUUUCUUUUUGACUACUUUGUUAACCCUUUGUUCAGUCUUGUUCAAUGAUUUAUAAUCUGAACAUACCAGUACAUGUACUUUGUAAUUUAAUGUUAAAAAGAAAGAAGUAUUAGUAAAAGUGACCCGUUAUGUGUUUGUUUCUUUUCAUAGGAGAAUAGAAAAUCCUAGAAUAGUUCUUUUGGAUUGUUCCUUGGAAUACAAAAAGGGAGAAAGCCAGGUAAGUUGCCGUAUUAUGCUUUAAUCUGUGCUUCACUCUCGUGUUUGGUGCAAAAUGUUUGUUGCACACAUUUUGUAUCACAUCUGUUCUAGAAGGUUCGUAGUUACAUGGGUAUCCUUAGCUUAUGAUGAUCACCAAAAGGAUAUUUUUGCAUACAUGGGUACAUGCCCAAGACAACUGUUAAGUCCUAUUGUACAUCAAGUACAGGUGUAUUGCAAAAAUUAAGUCACAAAAGACCUGUCAUCAGUUGCCCGCGAUUUCCCAAACAGGUGAUUCAUGUAUUGGCUUUGGCAAUGGCAAGGCAGAUUUUUUUGUAGCCCUCCUUACAUGUAUGUUCCAACUGGUGAUCUGUUUCUUGUAUUGACUUUUGUGCACAAGUGAGAUGCCUGAGUAAUUAUACCACUAUUAUCCAACAAUGAAUGUUUUUAUUGCCUCACUCAUCUUUCCUUGUAUAACACAUUUCCUGGGUUCAUUUUUACUACACUGCUACAUUACGGUUUUUGAAGAAUGUUUAAUUUCAAUCACUUACCAUUUUUCAGACAAGCCUAGAAAUUUCACAAGAAGUGGACUUCAAGUGAGUAGUGAUUUUUUAGUACAAUGAAGGCCAAAAGAACUUGGGACUGUGUGAAGAAAAACUCUUCGAAGGACUCUGCUCCUAAUGACAAUUUUUUGAUCGGCUUUGGGUUCAUCCCGUUGUGGCCCCAUUCCUCCCCAGCAAUGUUGUGGCCACCCAUGUUGUGCAAAAUUCAACUUUGUUUGGGGUGGGAGGGGAGGUUUCGCUGGUUUUACUAAUAUCACUGGAAAGGUCCCAACACUUUUGACCUUCUUUGUGGUUGUAGAGCAGUAACGAAAAAACAAGAAGAAAAGUAUUUUUAGAAUGUGAAGUAAUUGGCAUUCUGAAAAUUAAUUAUUGUCAAACAUUUAAGUGAGCUUUGAGUGUUGAAAUUCUUGUUGUACCAUUGGUUAAACCCCGUAUUGCUUCGUGUACAUUUAGAGUGAUUAAUUUUAUACAUCCAGACAACCCCUUAUGAGUUUCUGAUACAUCUUAAUAUAAUGUUUUCCGUCAGAUUGUCAGUCAAAAAUGAUUUGUUACCAGUUAUAAUUUACAUCCAUUUGGGUUAGCAUCUUACCUACCAUGCCUAGAAACUAAGUUAGUUCUGUCAUUUUCAGUCGUGUUCUUCAGUUAGAAGAGGAGUAUAUUCAGCGAGUGUGCAGUGACAUCAUAGCAAUAAAACCUGAUGUUGUGUUUACAGAGAAAGGGGUGUCAGGUAUGUAAAGUUCAACACCAGAUUAAAUCCAUUUCAGCAUUUGCCCUUCCCCUAAGGAAAUAAAUGAUACACUCUUUGAAGAGGUCACCUCACCAGAAAAAUUUGAACUGGUAAUCACAAUUUAUUUUCCCCUUUCCUGACAUUAUAGACCUAGCACAGCACUUCCUUGUAAAGAAUGGUAUAACAGCUAUACGCAGGAUUAGGAAGACUGAUAACAAUCGUAUCGCACGUGCCUGUGGUGCAACAAUUGUGAACAGAACUGAAGAACUGAAGGAAGAAGAUGUGGGAACACAAGCUGGAUUGUUUGAAAUAAAGAAGUUUGGAGAUGAGUAAGUGUGAGUUUAGUCAGUUGCAUUGCUCUUACUGGUGUCGGGAGUCAAUGUUCAAUAUUUUUUGUUGUCAGGUACUUCUGUUUUGUGACAGAAUGCAAGAAUCCCAAGGCGUGUACCAUCCUACUCAGGGGAGCCAGUAAGGAUAUCUUGAAUGAGGUAAUCAAAACUGUGCACAUUAUUUUAAGGGCUAAUAUUUUUACAAUAUAGUUAAAGUUAAAAGUGCAAGACUUGUGUGAUCUGAAGGGGAUGACCAUAACCUGAAAAAAAUUCUAGUGCAAAUAAAUCAUCCUCUCCGUCUAUAGUUACAUGUAAACUAAUGUGAAGACCAGUGAACCAGUGUACAUGUAACCUGAGCUACAGUUGUGUGCUACUAUAAUGACCAUGGUUUGUUGUGUUAUGUUAGGUGGAACGUAACCUUCAUGAUGCUAUGAAUGUAGCAAGAAAUGUAAUGUUGGAUCCCAGGCUGGUGCCCGGUGGUGGAGCUGCAGAAAUGGCCCUUUCUCAUGUAAGUAACCUAUAGUGGUCAUCAGCCGGCCCGACUGUGUUCCGCUUAUGAUAUGCAAGCAGGUUAAUGCUUCAAGCUUUUGUCCUUGUCUUUUCCACCAAAAAUGCAAAAAGCCAUACGGAGGCAAUCAUAGCUAGUAUUUAUCUAGCUACUGAUUUGCUUAAAAAUAGCACAGGGUUAUGGUAUAUACAGCUGUAUCAGUAUGUAGGUGAUCUUUUCUGUUAGUGUAUUUAAACUAUCGUUAACUGUGAUGAGGUAUUUCUGUUUGCUUACAUGUUGAAUGACAGGUGUUAACGGAAAAAGCUAAGUCGGUAGCGGGUGUUCAACAGUGGCCUUACAAAGCUGUUGCUAAAGCUCUGGAAGUCAUUCCACGCACUUUGAUCCAAAACUGUGGUGCUAACACGAUCAGGACUCUUACUGCUCUCAGGGUAAGCUGCUCGUCCCACCCAUCACUGCACAUUUUUUAGCAGCUUAUUGCUUUAGUGAUAAGUAAUAAAGAUAUUUAAACAGGGAGCUCACGUCACACGUGGUUUUCAGUGGCGCCCUGCAUUAAAUAAAUUACAAAUAUAAAAAUGCCUAAAUAUUGAAAAGUUAAAAACGUCUUUGGCUAUCGCUUUGUUGUAUUUUUUUUGGUGUUGAUGCCCCUCUCAGGGCUCAGGAAUCAAAAUGAGAUGUUGUCUAGCUUGUAUUUCUCACUUUAACUGGGUGACGUUUUCGUCAACCAGAUUGUUUGAAAAACAAUAUUUUUGACAUUUGUGUGAUAUUUUUGCAGGCUAAACACGCGGUUGAAGGUAACACAUCCUGGGGUAUCAACGGUGAGACUGGUGAAAUAACAGACAUGGGUGAACUUGGUGUGUGGGACACGUAUUCUGUCAAGGCGCAGACAUUCAAGACUGCUAUUGAGGUAGUGGCCCCUUAGAUACACAUAGAUAAACAAUUGAUGGAUAGCGUAGAGCAAACUCGUCCCCAGGACUUUUCCCGCGCCGCUCCGGGAACGCAGGCGGGAAGACAUCAGGGGACAAGGUUUAGCGUAUUAAAAGCUUUUAAAAUUGGGACAGAUUAACUGAUUGAUGAAAAGUACGCUUUGUUAACCGUAGGUUGCGAGUACGUUCUCCGUUGCGCCCUCCUUUGUAUUAUUUACGCAUACUGUGUUUCGGGUAUUUGAUUGAGUUGUCUUUUGUUAUUUCUUCAGACCGCCAUGCUUUUACUGCGUAUCGAUGACAUCGUAUCCGGAACAAAGAAAGCCAGCGGUAAAGAAGGAUCUCAGUCAGGAGCGGCUCCUACUUCAGGGCCGCCGGCUGAUGACUAGACAUGUCCUGAACACACCCUACACCAACUUCCGACCUUACGCCAGCGCUUUUUCGAUGAUUUUUCAAGCUUACACGAAGCUUUUUUCUGUCAAAAUAAGCAGACUGACUUGCAGAAAGCCAGAUCUUAGCAUUGAACGAUUUACAGGUUUAGUGUAUGUUUGUUUCCAACAUUUUAGGCUUGGAGUAGCACUCUACUUGGCUUGCUGCAAUGUGAAAAACUAAUGUACCGCUGUAUCUUUCAGAAUAUUCAAAUCACGGUUACUUUGGCGCAGCUCAGUCACAUGAUUUUGGCCUUGGGAAUAAAAUUAUAUGCCGAUAGAUUGUGAUCAAUUCAUAACUAAACACAUUA